AUGUCUUUUCCACCAAUUCAGUCUCCUUCCAGCCAUUCCUCUACAGUCAUCCCUGCAAUCUUCAGCUCCUCCUUCUCCUCCUUAGCCAUCAGGUCUAUCUUUCCUGUCUCAACCUCCUCCACCAGCUCUGUUUCCAGCCCUUCCACUGCAGUCAUCUCUGCAAUCGUCAGCUCCUCCUCCUCCAUAGCCAUCAGCUCUGCCUUUCCUAUUUCCACCUCCUCAUCUUCCAUUAGCCCCAGCUCCCCCACCGGCUCCAUUCCCUGCCCUUCCACUGCAGUCAUCCCUGCAAUCGUCAGCUCCUCCUCCUCCAUAGCCAUCAGCUCUGCCUUUCCUAUUUCCACCUCCUCAUCUUCCAUUAGCCCCAGCUCCCCCACCGGCUCCAUUCCCUGCCCUUCCACUGCAGUCACCCCUGCAAUCUUCAGCUCCUCCUUCGCCUCCUUAGCUCCAUCAGCACUAUCUUUCCUGUCUCAACCUCCUCCACCGACUCUGUUCGCAGCCCUUUCACUGCAGUCAUCUCUGCCAUAUUCAUCCUCCCUAGCAAUCAGCUCCAACUUUCCUGUCUCAACCUACUCAUCUUCCAUCAUCUCCAGCUCCUCCACCAGCUCUGUUCCCUGCACUUCCACUGCAGUCAUCCCUGCAAUCUGCAGCCCCUCCAUAGCCAUCAGCCCUACAUUCCUUGUCUCCAUCUUCUCAUCAUUUAGCUCCAGCUCCUCCACCGGCUAUGUUCCCUGCCCUUCAACUGCAGUCAUCCCUGAAAUCUUCAGCUCCUCGUCCGCCUCCUUAGCCGUCAGCUCUGCCUUUCUUGUCUCCACCUCCUCAUCAUCCGUUAGCUCUAGCUCCUCCACCAGCUCUGUUUCCAGCCAUUCCUCUGCAGUCAUCCCUGCAAUCUUCAGCUUCUCCUUCUCCUCCUUAUAGCCAUCAGGUCUAUCUUUCCUGUCUGAACCUCAUCCACCAGCUCUG